CUUUUUCCUUCUCUAAAAAAAUUCCAUUUUGUUCAUCAUCUCCAUAUCAUAUUUCCUGUUUUAUGGUCUCGAAGUUCGUCGUGUAAUACACAUUAUAUUAAUUAUUUAUUUUGCUUGAAUCAGAAAAUAUGGUUCGAGCAGUAGAGGAAGAGAAAUUAGAGGUUUCUGCUGUUGAAUCUCAAAAUAUUAAUGGGUGGAAACUUACCCGUAAAGAGACCAUCAAGGCACGUAAUAUUAAUAAAGCAGACGAUUCAGCCUCUGCUAUCGCCAAAGAGAACAGCUCGCCUUCAGAUAUGGACAUGAUGAAGGAAAAAUUUGCCAAGUUGCUCCUUGGUGAGGAUAUGUCUGGCGGAGGAAAGGGUGUUUCAUCAGCAUUGGCGCUGUCAAAUGCAAUUACAAACCUUGCAGCUUCGGCGUUUGGGGAACAGAAGAGAUUAGAACCCAUGCAACUAGAGACAAAAGCCAAGUGGAGAAAAGAAAUUGAUUGGCUUUUAUCUGUUACAGAUUAUAUUGUUGAAUUUGUUGCUUCUAAACAAAAAUCAAAAGACGGAACAAUUAUGGAGAUUAUGGUGACAAAGCAGAGAACUGAUCUUCAAAUGAACAUUCCAGCAUUGCGUAAGCUAGAUACAAUGCUUCUGGAUUGUUUAGAUAGUUUUAAAGACCAAACUGAAAUCUGUUAUACAUCCAAAGAUGAUGAAGGUAAAACCGCCAGGAAAGAUGAUAAAUGGUGGAUACCUACCCCUAAGGUUCCUCCUAAUGGUUUGUCGGAUACUACUAGGAAAUGGCUACAAUUUCAGAAAGAUUCGGUGAACCAAGUUCAUAAAGCAGCCCUCGCCAUAAAUGCUCAAGUUCUUACAGAGAUGGAGGUUCCUGAAAACUAUAUAGAAUCCUUACCCAAGAAUGGGAGAGCGAGCCUUGGAGACUCGAUAUACAGGAGCAUCACGGAUGAAUACUUUGAUCCGGACUACUUCCUUUCAACUAUGGACUUGUCCUCCGAACAUAAAAUUCUAGACCUCAAGAACAAGAUUGAGGCUUCCGUAAUUAUUUGGAGAAGAAAGAUGACUGCAAAAGAUGGGAAGUCAGCCUGGAGUUCAGCCGUUAGUAUGGAGAAAAGAGAAUUAUUUGAAGACAGAGCAGAAACUAUCCUUCUUAUUCUUAAGCAUCGGUUCCCUGGAAUUCCUCAAUCAUCACUAGACAUAAGCAAAAUUCAGUACAACAGAGAUAUCGGGCAAGCCAUUUUAGAAAGCUAUUCAAGAAUAAUUGAAAGUAGGGCAUUCACAGUCAUGUCACGAAUUGAAGAUGUAAUGCAGGCAGAUGAUCUGGCCCAUGAUCCUUCAAAUGGAGAAGUAAAGAGGUUUCCAAUGGGAGAUUCGUUGGGAGUAUCAGAUGGAACAUUUAAUGAUAAGGAAGAAGUAGAGAAGCUUUGUUCUGCAGAAACACCCAAUUCAAUGACACUGCUGGAUUUCAUGGGUUGGGGAGAAGGAGAUGAAGACACGGAGAAAGAUACGAAGGAAGAAAUCCGAUUAAAAGAAAAUGAUGCAAAGCUCCUAAGCAAACCUCCAAAUAUAGUUACUAACAAGAGAGUUUCUUACCUAGAGAAUUUAACUGGUUCCAGAAGUCCAACAGCACGCCACUAAAUGACUUCACAGCAGAAUAUACUGAUUGAAUCAUCAGAGGCAAGGACUGAUGGACAGAGUUUCAUCAGAUUAAGAAAGCUCGGCGUCAAGUGUACAUAUCGAGAUGAAUCAAACCAAUCUAGGAUUUCACUAAAGUCAUUCCUUUUGUAAGUAGGGAUAAGUUAGUAGACCUAAUGGGUCUGUGGCAGUUCUUGAAACCGUUUACUCAGUACACGUUGUCACUUUGUUGUUGAACAACAAUGAGAAUUGCUGACCUUUUAUCUUCAAUAACCUCUGGUUUUCAGAUCUAUUAAUAUAUAUGAUCUGUAGUUUAUAAGUUU